AUGGAUGAAUUAGGAGGGACAUCACCUCUCCAAUUGCUGCAAGAUGACUUUGAGUCUUCGGACCAGGAGAUACGUCUGAAGGCGCUCAAGCGUGUUAAGCUGGUUGCGGAUGUGCUUGGCCCGGAAGUGACCCGAAGCGAGCUCAUUCCUUUCAUCAAUACUAUUGUGGAGGAUGAUGAUGAGAUUUUGCUUGCCCUCGCCGAAGCUUUAGGGCAGCUCGUGCCCGCGGUGGGAGGCCCGGGCCACGCGGCUCUUCUACUGCCUAGCUUGGAGAACCUAGCGGCGAUGGAGGAGACGGUGGUGCGGGAUAAGGCUGUGGAGUCAGCGUGCAUGGUUAUUGGACUCAUGCAAGGCGGUCAGCAAGAGGUGGCGGACAUGGUGACUCGGCUGAGUACAGGAGACUGGUUUACGGCCAAGGUGUCUGCUUGUGGGCUGUUCACUGCAGCUUACAAGCACAUCUCAGAGCACGACCAACGCGCGUUGCUGCGUGGACAGUUUGACGUCCUGGCGAAAGACACAGAUACGCCCAUGGUCAGGCGGGCCGUAGCGUCCAACGUGGGCAAUUUCGCCGGGGUGGUUGAAGGCCACUUGCUUUUGAGCGACGUGGUGCCUGUAUUCGAAGCGCUGGCUUCAGAUGACCAGGACAACGUUCGUUUACUGGCAGUGGAACAAGCCGGCAAAGUGGCCAAGGCUUUGGUGGAUCAACAACUGGAGGAUGAGUGUGCGCCUCACAUCGUACCUGUUAUCAAGCGCGCGGUGGAGGAUCGCAGCUGGCGGGUACGUUGUGCAAUGGCGCGGGGCUUCGCGAACGCAGCGCAUGCUGUUGGACCGAAGCUGACGACGGUAGAGCUGUUGCCCUGCCUCACGAGCCUUCUUCAAGAUCACGAAACCGAAGUGAGGGCAGCAAUGAUCAAGGACAUCUCAAGCUUCGUGGAUUUGGUGGGACCAUCUACAUUCGCCAGUGAAGUAAUGCCAUACGUGCUGGCACUACUUCAGGAUGUGAACCUGAAUGUCCGGAUUGCCCUAUCGAACGCAUGCAUGAAACUUGCGCCCAAGCUUGGUCAGGAGCACACGAUGACUCACAUCUUGCCGAUGCUUCUGGCUUUCCUGAGGGAUGAGUCCGCAGAGGUACGACUGCAUAUUCUUCUACAAUUGGAUGGCCUGGCGGAGUGGAUGCCAGCCAUGGCAGAGCAGGUGCUUCCUCUGGUCCUUGAACUUGGGCAAGACAUCAUCUGGAGGGUGCGGAGGGCAGUGAUGGUCAGCGUUCCUCUCUUGACGGAGAGGAUGGGGGUGAAUUACUUUGAAGAGAAUCUGCUGGAACUUUACCUGCAGGCAUACCGGGACAGCGUCAACGAGGUACGAGUCGGCGCAUCAGAGGGGUUGCAACGACUGUGCAAGGUUUGCGGCGCAGAUUGGUUGCAGGAGAAGGUCCUGCCGCGUAUACACGGAUUCUAUGACGAAUCUACAUUCUACCUCAUCAGGAUCGCAAUCCUAAACGCGCUCAAGAAACUGGCCAACGGAGAGGGGAGUGCGGCAAGCGUCCUGGUCGGGGACGUGCUUCAGUUGGUUCUUCGAGGGGCGCAUGACAGCAUCCCCAACGUACGGUUUACGGCUGUACGCGCUCUUCAAGAGAUGGCACCACACCUUGACGCUGGGGCUGUGGACUCGCAGGUGCGCCCGUGCCUGACGGAGCUGAUGCAGUCUGAUCCAGAUGACGACGUGAAAUUUUUUUCUGCACAGGCCUUAGAAAGCAUUCGCUGAUGCAAAAGUUGUAUGUGUGCGAAGGCGAAAAGGGGCGUGAUGCAUCCAAACGCACGGCGGCAGGAGAUUUCCCGUGUCGCUGGUUUGUUGUAACGUUGUAACACUGUAAUGGGUAUCCGUCGCUUGUGAACUUCACGAGAGAGGCAAAUGUUUUUCUUUUAUUGUUCACAAAGGGCGGGCGUAUGGGGCAGGAAAUACUUGGCAAAUAGUAAUUCGCGCAAGGUCAGCACGUGACCUGUCGAAAUUGUCGUGUUGAUCUCUUGAGGCAAGUAUAAGGCGAGCACCAACGUCGUAUUUGGUGGCGAAAUCGAGCCCGUAAAUCGUUCGCGAACAGUGAACUGAACGUACGACGGUGUCCAACC